AUUUUACUAGUAAAUACAGAGUAGUCUUUUCGUAGCGAAGAAGAGUCGCUGGCGGUGGGUCACGCGUGUUGAAAUACGCUGGGUAAACUAAUGGCUCCGAUGGAGCAGGAGCCUAAAGAGAAAGCAGAACAGGCAUUGCAAGCUGCCACAGAAUUUGCUCAAAUCUUCUAUGAGUAUCUAGACAAAAAACGAAAUGCAGUGCGAAACUUAUAUAUGGAUACAGCUACACUUUUGUGGAAUGGUAAUGCAAUCAGCAAUAAAGAUGCUAUACUGAAGUUUCUUGAGGAUUUACCUACAUCAGAACACACACUAACCACUUUGGACAGUCAGCCCCUUGUUGAGCCAGUGAUUGAUGGUCAAACAUCCAUCAUGGUCACAGUUUUUGGCAAAGCAUGCUAUCAGGACACCAAAGCCAAGGGUUUCUUCCAAACUUUCAUCCUGACAUCACAAGGAAAUGUGUGGAAAAUAGUCAGCGACACAUAUCGUUUCCUUGAAGCUUGAUCAUUGUUGUGUUGAACUGGAUCUGUAUUUAUGUGGUUAAGAGUUGACAACAUUGGUAGCAAGUGUCUGACACAUGUGAAAGUGAAAAUAAAAUUUAUUAUUGUAAUGGU